AUGGUUUCAACUGACGGCGCAUCCGGCAACGCGGAUCCUGCCGAGCAGAAUGCCCCGCGCGCAAACGUUCCGGAUCUCGGAGAAUCCUCGUUCCCACCCCACGAGCGCCCGUCUGUGACGGAUGUGCCCGUCACCCCCGGCAUUACUCGCGAUGCCUACAACUCUGAGAACAACGGCGACUCGGCCGAUGCGAAUGGUGAAGGUGAGCCGAGCUACUUCUCCAAGCAUGACUUCGACCAUGCGAUCGCGGCUUCGCCGGGGCCCAAUACCACCGACCGCGAGGGCCAGAGUUUCGAAAACAAGAUCGAAGCGGGCGCCGAAGAGGGAAACCAAUUCAUGCAACGUGUGAGUCUCGCCGUGAACCCGAACGCGACGGCUCCCUCCAGUCUUCCGUCGGUAACUUCGCCGCCCAUUUCUCCCGACCCGACUUCCAGCGCGCCGUCGAAGGCCUCGAUGUCGGACAUCCGAUCGAUUAGCCCGGACCUGGCCUUGACCGGCAACAUUAUCUCUGCAACUUUCAAUCUCCCCCAUUCGCUUAAGUAUCGAAAGGGUGCCGACUGGGAAUUGACACCGCGCCGUGGCCAAUCGGCCUUGUUCGACUCCUUCAAUUUCCUCUCCGAGGACGAAGUCCCCUGGAACCACACCGUUGUCGCCUGGACAGGCGAGAUUGAUCACCCCGACGAGAUUUCGCCGCCCGAUACCCCGCCGACGACGACUGUUCACAUCCAACCUCUGAGCGAGCUUUCGAAACCGAUCCCCGUCGAUGUCGAUCAGCGCCCAAUCACCCCUCCGGUUGUCGAUGGUCUUUGGAUCCCGAAAGAGGACAUCGAUCGCUUGGAGAACCAGCUUUCGCACGACAAGAAAAUUAAGACAAUCCCCGUCUGGUUGGCUGAUGAUGUGGAAGGACACGAGGAUGGGAUUCACUUGAAGGACCAGGCUAGAUGGCGUCGUUACGCCGAAAACGAGCUGUACACGCUUUUCCAUUACAAGCAACACGAACCGACCGAUGGCCGUGCCGAGCGUGUCCAAUGGGCCGACUACUACCGCAUGAACCAGAAGUUCGCCAACCGGAUUCUUGAAGUGUACAAGCCCGGCGACAUUGUCAUCGUUCACGACUACAACCUUCUGCUCCUCCCGAGCAUGCUGCGCCAACGCGCUCCGCACAUGUACAUCGCGUUCUUCCUGCACUCUCCGUUUCCCAGCAGUGAGUUCCUGCGUUGCCUAUCGCGCCGGAAGGAAGUGUUGGAGGGCGUCCUUGGUGCAAACUUGGUCGGUUUCCAGAGCUACAGCUACUCUCGCCAUUUUUCCAGCUGCUGCACCCGCAUUUUGGGCUUCCCAUCAAACAGCUCUGGGGUGGAAGCGUAUGGCACUCGCGUUGAAGUCGGUGUGUUCCCAAUUGGCAUUGACGCUACUAAAGUCGCUCGCCUGGCAUGGACCGAAUCUGUCAACGAGAAGUAUGCGGCGCUCCGGAAGAUGUACGCUGGCAAGAAGCUCAUUGUCGGACGCGACCGUCUCGACAGUGUUCGCGGUGUUGCCCAGAAGCUCAUGGCGUUUGAGCGCUUCCUCGAGAUGUUCCCCGAAUGGCGCGACAAAGUGGUUCUCAUCCAAGUUACUUCUCCCACUAACAUUGAGGAGGAGAGGGAAGACGCCGAAAAUAAGAUUUCGAGCCGCGUCAACGAACUUGUCAUGUCUAUCAACGGCACCUACGGUUCUUUGGGCUUCUCGCCCGUCCUGCACUACCCGCAGUACAUCAGCCAGGAUGAGUACUUUGCCCUGCUGCGCGCGGCUGAUAUUGGCCUCAUCACCUCGGUCAGGGAUGGCAUGAACACCACCUCGCUCGAGUACGUGAUCUGCCAACGCGACUCCGCUGGUCCUCUUAUCCUCUCCGAGUUCAGCGGCACAGCGGGCUCCCUCAAGGACGCCAUCCACAUCAACCCGUGGAACCUCACUGCAGUGGCUGAGCAGAUCAACCACGCUCUCACCAUGCCCCAGGACCGUCGCGAAGCCAUGCAACACAACCUGCUCGCUCAUGUUACUAGCAAGAACGUUCAGUAUUGGAUCGCUGGCUUCCUUCGCCGUCUUGUCACUGUCCUUGGAAACAGGAAGAACGUCGUUGCGACCCCGCUGCUCGACCGCUCCAACAUGCUCCGGAAGUACCGCGAGGCUAAGAAGAGACUGUUCAUGUUUGACUACGACGGCACCCUGACGCCGAUCGUCCGUGAACCGAGCGCUGCCAUCCCCUCGGAACGCGUCAUCAAUAGCCUGAAGGCGCUUGCCGCCGACCCCCUCAACGCGGUUUGGAUCAUCUCGGGCCGUGACCAGGGGUUCCUGUCCCAGCAUCUGGGCCACAUCGAAGGCCUCGGUUUCAGUGCUGAGCACGGUAGCUUCAUGAAGAAUCCGGGCGCGACUGAGUGGGUCAACUUGGCCGAGAAGUUUGACAUGAGCUGGCAGAAGGAGGUGCUUGAUGUGUUCCAGAAGUACACCGACCGAGUACCUGGUUCUUUUAUCGAGCAAAAGCGCUGUGCCCUCACUUGGCAUUACCGUCUCGCCGACCCAGAGCAAGGCCUACACAUGUCCCGCGAAUGCCAUCACGAGUUGGAGAGCACAGUCGGCCGCAAGUGGGAUGUUGAGGUGAUGGCCGGCAAGGCCAACCUGGAGGUGCGCCCGACGUUCAUCAACAAGGGCGAGAUCGCCAAACGGCUCGUCAACACCUACAACGCCGAGAUGCGUGCCAAGGCCGGCAAGUCACCCAUCGCAGAGGGAGACACGACCCCGAAUAAGAUCGAGUUCGUGCUCUGCAUGGGCGAUGAUUUCACGGACGAAGACAUGUUCCGCUCCUUGAACACAUUGACUCAGCCAAGUCAAGGCCGUGAGGGUGCGGCUGCAGAGGUGGAGUCGGAUCAGUGCUUCACUGUCACGGUCGGCGCUAGCACCAAGGUCACGCUGGCCCGCUGGCACUUACUCGAACCUGAGGACGUCAUUGAGUGUGUGGCGCUUCUUGCUGGGGUCGGGGGAAGUGGCACGGGCUCGACCAGUGGUGGUGUCCUUAGCAUGGGUGAGGUCAACUUGGCUGCGCUGAGCGCGGUCGAGGACCAUAUCCCGGAGCCGCUGUGA